AGUCAACAGUACCGUUUAUAAUCCCUAUAAAUAGCAACGGCGUCUAGAGCCACAAAUCGUCCCGAGUCGUUUCCUUCGGUAUCAGAUUUGCUUUGAGAGGCAUAAGUCAGACUGAGAUCUUAGAUCUGAUUCGCUCUUAUCGUAAUCGCCAAAGCUUUGCAAAAAAAAAAAUGGAGACUUUCCUAUUCACAUCUGAGUCCGUGAACGAAGGACACCCAGACAAGCUUUGCGACCAGAUCUCUGACGCAGUCCUCGAUGCCUGCCUUGAGCAAGACCCCGACAGCAAAGUCGCCUGUGAGACUUGCACCAAGACCAACAUGGUCAUGGUCUUCGGUGAGAUCACCACCAAGGCCACCGUCGACUACGAGAAGAUCGUCCGUGACACUUGCCGCUCCAUUGGGUUCAUCUCUGAUGAUGUUGGUCUCGACGCUGACAAAUGCAAAGUCCUUGUCAACAUCGAGCAACAGAGCCCUGACAUUGCUCAAGGUGUUCACGGUCACUUCACCAAGCGACCAGAAGACAUUGGUGCUGGUGACCAGGGUCACAUGUUUGGGUACGCCACUGACGAGACCCCUGAGCUCAUGCCUCUGAGCCACGUCCUUGCUACCAAGAUCGGUGCUAAGCUUACCGAAGUGAGAAAGAACGGAACUUGCCGUUGGUUGAGACCAGACGGCAAAACCCAAGUCACUGUCGAGUACUACAACGACAACGGCGCUAUGGUUCCAGUCCGUGUCCACACCGUCCUCAUCUCAACCCAGCACGAUGAGACCGUGACCAACGACGAGAUCGCACGUGACCUCAAGGAGCACGUGAUCAAACCAAUCAUCCCAGAGAAGUACCUGGACGACAAAACCAUCUUCCACCUCAACCCAUCAGGCCGGUUCGUGAUCGGUGGACCACACGGUGAUGCCGGUUUAACCGGACGUAAGAUCAUCAUCGACACCUACGGAGGAUGGGGAGCUCACGGAGGAGGUGCUUUCUCAGGGAAAGACCCGACCAAAGUCGACAGAAGCGGAGCUUACAUCGUGAGGCAAGCCGCGAAGAGUGUGGUUGCUAAUGGAAUGGCUCGUAGGGCUCUUGUCCAGGUCUCCUACGCCAUUGGAGUUCCCGAGCCGUUGUCUGUCUUCGUUGACACUUACGGAACUGGGUUGAUUCCAGACAAGGAGAUACUGAAGAUCGUGAAAGAGACCUUCGAUUUCAGACCAGGGAUGAUGACGAUCAACUUGGACUUGAAGAGAGGAGGCAAUGGAAGGUUUUUGAAAACGGCGGCGUAUGGGCAUUUCGGAAGGGACGACCCUGACUUCACCUGGGAGGUCGUGAAGCCACUCAAGUGGGACAAACCUCAGGCUUAAGGAUUCUUAUUAUUACUAUCAUGAUUUUAGUGUUUCUAUGCUUGUUUCUAUCCUUUUUCACUUUUAAACAUCUGCUUUCAGCAAUAAUUAACCCCUCUGUUUUGGGUUUUUAUUUUCUGUAUUUUUGAAUGAAAGUUUCUGGUUUGUCUGAUA